ACAAUCGGGAUUGCCAUCGCAAUUCCCUCUUGUUUUGUUUGCAAAGUGUUUUUCUAAGGUUCUACUAUAAAUUAACGAAUUUAUUCGAUUUAAAUACAUUAAUGUCAGGUGGGCGCACCUAAGUUUUAUACAAAUGCAACCGUUUAUUGUGAUUCGCAACUAUCGUGAUGAUGAUGAGCUUAAAUGUCAAGAGUUGGUACGUGAUUACAUUAUGUCCUUCGUUAAGAGAUCCUUCUACUGCUUUUGCUUCAGAGAGAUAACUCUGCAGUUCAUUGUAAUAACAUGGGCUAUACUAUUCAUAUUCAUCGGUGUGCCAUUACAUUUUUGUGCAAUGACCAUACCUGGGUGUAUCUUUUUUUUAUUCUCUGGUACAUACUUUUCAUUUUACGCUAAGGCCGUGGAACUGAUGAGGACGAAACCAUCACAAUCUCUCGUGGCGGAAUGCUACGAACCAUUCAUAUUUCGCUUGAAACCACGAGAAGCGACAUACCAAAUCUUCCUCGAUGAAUCUCCUUACGAACAAUCAUACCUUAAUAAAUUCAGAAAAAAGAUAAUCGCUACAGUAAGUGUUAAAAAACAUAAUUCACUUUAUAAUGCAGCUUGGAUGUAUCGCUUUGCUAUGGCGCCCGAUUAUCCCUUUCAGAGAAUCGCCGAACCAAUGCUGAAUUUAGUGUCAAAAAAAUGUGUUGCGAAUGGAUGUAGCUCUUUGGAAUGUACAAUUUCCGAGUGGCAAGAAGAAGAACGCGAUUUUUAUGACAAUAUGGGAUUCAUUACUCGUCAAAUUUACCAUAAACAAGUUAUAGGAAGUAGUUUAACUGUUAUGAAGACUCUUCUUACAUAUGACCUUCAUGCGAAUGUAAGAAGCGAACAUUCCAAAUUAGAAACAAUAAAAUAGUAUUAAAAUCGAUUAAGUACUUAUAUUGUACUGAACAAAACACAAAAGCCUUCCGUAAGAAUCCUUAUCCAAAUACUCACUGCGAAAACGCACAUUUUGACUACAAGUACGAACUCUACAUGUAUUUUUGUACAAUAAACUGCACUCCAUUUAUAAAAACAAAAAUAAAAGCUUUUGAUUGCAAUAAAUAACGAAUAAA